AUGUUCGCCGGAUUUGCAGUCAUCUCCCUUUCGAGCCUCGCACUGCUCUCGCCAGCCGAUGCUGCUGUGCCCGUCACAGUUGCAGUCACUCCAUUCGAUCGAUUCACCGCGAGUAACUACAGCGAUUUGUUCGAGGCGGGUGUUCGCCAUCUCAUCCUGGCACAAAAUCAAAUACUCGCAGAUGGAUCUAUCAGAAUUCCGGGAAACUGGAUUACGGUACCGCUCGCUGAGCAAAUCCACGGCUAUGCUGUUAAACAUAACGCCACGGUGUCCUUGGGCCUUAUCCCGAACUUUUUUAUAUAUAAUACCAGCAGAAGUCUUCCCGAUUUUCUUGCCAGCGCUCAAAAUACUCUCGGUAACUACUCUGCGGACGGGUUGUUCUUCGAGGCAUGGAUUCCGACGUUAAUACCAACUGGAGACCAAUGGGACGUUAUUAACAGUCUGACUGACCUCACUCGUACGAAGUUGAAGUCGCGCAGUGGAAAUCCGGCUAUAGCAUCAUUAAUAUUUGGUGCCGAUGCCUUGUCGUCGAGCCACUGGACAGACCUGAAGACUUAUCAGCCAUGGAAGCAUACUGAUCGAGAUUACUGCUUGCUCCACACACAGACUGUGAACUUCAAAGAGCAAAUAAGUCUCGACUGGGCAAAGACUGUCGCUGACCGUUUGUCCGACUACUCCGCGGACAUGUCCAAGCUUUCAUUCACUAUUGUCCCAGAAGGCCGCUAUGAUAAUCUCACAAGUACCAAGUCUUAUCGUCAGUUGAUCGCUGACGGUGCGCCAGCAUCAGGGGAUGGGCACUUCGGAAACUUCUACUACAACUCGCAAAAGCAAGUGAAAGAGAAAGUCCAGCUUGUGAAGACGAAACGCCUUGGUGGCAUGGCUGUAUAUUCUCCUGGCUUUGACCUUCCCGUUAAAAAUACAUCGUCGCUUCUACAUGCUGCUCUAUCUGGGUAA